AUGCUCGUGCGCCAGGGCGAGCGGUCCGCGCGGCUCGGGAUCCGCCUCUCCUGGCUGCUGUGCUGCAGCGCCCUGCUGUCCCCCGCUGCCGGGUACGUGAUCGUGAGCUCUGUGUCCUGGGCUGUCACCAACGAGGUGGACGAGGACUUGGACAGCGCCUCCACCGAGGAAGCGCUGCCCGCGCUGCUGGAGGACUCCAGCAGCAUCUGGCAGCAGAGCUUCCCUGCCUCGGCUCACAAGGAGGACGCGCACUUGCGGCCCCGGACGGGUGCUGCCCGCGCCAGGCCUCCCCCGGCGCCCCCGGGGAUGUUCUCCUACCGACGGGAGAGCGGCCCCGCAGCCGGUGCGCCCCCUGACCUGAGGCUGCGCCCCGCCACCGCCCGCUCCCUGGCCCACGCCAGCGCCUGGGGCUGUCUGGCCACGGUGUCCGCCCACGAGAAGAUCCUAGGGCUGCCAUUUGGGAACUGCCUGCCCUUUAGUGACGGUCCCUUCAACAACAGUACUGGAAUUCCUUUCUUCUACAUGACAGCCAAGGACCCUGUGGUAGCAGAUCUGAUGAAGAACCCCAUGGCCUCACUAAUGCUGCCUGAAUUGGAAGGAGAGUUUUGCAGAAAAAACAUUGUGGACCCAGAAGAUCCCCGAUGUGUCCGCUUAACGCUCACUGGCCGGAUGAUUUCAGUAUCCUCAGAAGAAGUAGAAUUUGCCAAGCAGGCCAUGUUUUCAAGGCACCCAGGGAUGAGGAAGUGGCCCCGUCAGUAUGAAUGGUUCUUCAUGAAGAUGAGGAUAGAAUACAUUUGGCUUCAGAAAUGGUAUGGAGGUGUAUCUGACAUUUCUAGGGAGGAAUAUUUCAAAGCGGUUCCCAGAAAGGCCUGAUGGAAUGGAAGAAAGUCCUUGGUGUUUGCGUUAAAGUGAAAACCUUUUACGUGAUGUAACCAGACAGCUCUUGAAUGCUGUCUCUUCGUUGAAGGCUUCCUGGCUGCCCUGUCAUUGCUACAGCAGAAUGAGAGAGGACGAAGAGAGAGCCUCGUGCUAGACUUGAGACUCAAGUGGUCAUUCGAAGAUCCUCCGUUCACACAGGUACUUCACAGAGAUAGUCUUCAUUUACACUGCAUUCAAUCCAGACUCACUUCUUGGUUGUCAAAAUGGCACACUGAGACCUUUGCUGGUCCAUUCUUUAGGAAAAAAUUAUACCUGUGUGUACAAUAUGAUUGCUUUGUAUUGUGGGAGUGUUUUUGUUGUUUUCUGUGCCAAAAGCAGUGUCUGGGAUCAAAGCUCAUUGUAACCACAAAGGAGUUGAAUGUGCAUCACACAGCCUCAAAACCGUGUACGGGUGAGUAUGGAAGACUCUCUGUCUGUGGAUUAUUCAUCAUGCUCCUGGAUUGCAAAUGCAUUAUUGAGUCACGUUUGCUAGAUUGUACCGGUCCCUGAUGAAGCUCCUUCCCCUAUAUUAUGACCAUCAAUGUAAGAACAUGCAGAGUUUGCAGCACAGGCCUAUUCUAUAUAAGCAGAUGUUGGUAUAGCAUUAAAAAGAAUGGGAUAGAUUUGAUCUCAAGCUUUUUAGAUCCCAGCUGCUCACAUUUUUUCAUAGAGAGUUCCCCUCUUGCAUGCUUGAGGAGUGGCAUCCAAAAUAAGAAGCACCUCAUGCCAUGGUUUGUAGAGAGGAAAAGGGGAAAGGUUAGGCUGUGAAGGGAAAAGACAAAGUCUAAGAGAAGGAUGAAAGAGGUCAGUAACUGAGGGCCCUUUCCAGAGGUUGUCCCAUUUAGGCCCAACCAACGGGUGCCUGUCGUCAUUGUCACUUACAGACAAGGAAACUGAGGUUCCACAUGGCUCAGUUAACAUUCCAGGGUCAGAUUCCUGAAUUCACUGCACAUAAUGGAUGGAGUGGUACCUCCAAGAGUUUCAAUUUUAAGAACAAAGAGUUACUGAAAUGCUUAGGUAGUCACUGAACCAGGAAAAUCCUUAAAGUGAUUUGAAAGACAAUGACUGAUUUGUCUGGAGAUGAUUUGUCACUAUUAUCAGGAAAAGAAAAGUGUGUCAGAAAUUUGAGUACUACAAAUUUAAAUUUUUAUACAAGUUAUAUGCAGGAGCUCCUGGUGUUUUUAAGAAACUGCAUCUGAGUAUACAUCCUGCAUGGACCAAUGUGUGCACACCUAAGAUCUCUUACAAUUGAAAUCUAAAGGAUCUAGUAAAAUCCAAGUUUUCUAUUUUUCUAUAAUGGUUGUAACUCUCUUUGGUGGAUUAGGUAUGCCAUAUAACACAAAAACACAUCAUUAUGUAUAGGAAAUUCUUAAAUAAAAUAUUAUGAAUGGUUAUGUUUCUGCUAAACAAAAUAAGACAUGAAGAAGGUGUGAGUUGUCAAAAAUAUAUUUUAAGUGCCUAUUACUAAAAACAUAGUAAGAUGCACAGAAUUCAUUUUUUUUCAUAAGCCUGUUCUCAGAAGAGUUCCUAACAAUGGUAAUUUCUAGUAUAUAAAAAUAAGAUACAUUUUUCAGGGUAUUUCAUAUUUUCAGAGUUUAAAGUUAUUGCUACCCCAAUUUUAAAGAAAGAAAGGGGGGAAACUGGAAGAACAAGUCACCUCCUUGAAAGUACUCCAUAAGUUAAUCUCUAACCUAAAUCCUUGGAACAUCCUCCCUAUCCUGUCUUCAGAUAACGUACCUACAUCAGGUUUGCUUUGAUAUUCAGUUCCAUUUGGCUCAUUAAAGGUCCCUGGUGCUUCAGAGGGUUUUACAGAGUGGGUUCCAUUUGUAACCACUGGCAAAGGUUGUCAGGUAGUUAUCCAAAUUUCAUGAAACGAAAUCUGAACAAUAAGAAUAAUCUUGAAAAUUCAUAAGUUUGAGUCCAUUGGGCCCCAUUCAGGUCAUUAUGUUCCAGAAAAUCUCUUAAAAAAUGUACAUUGAUUAAAAAUAUUAAUUUUUAAUUAAAAUUGUAUUGGGGACCUGGGACACAGUGAUAGAGUGCUUGCCUGGCAUGUGUGAAGCCCUUGGUUCAGUCUCGAGCACUGAAAAGAAAAAAAUGACUAUACUGGAAGUUUUAGACACAGAAAUAAGGCAAGAAAAAGAAAUAAAAUGAAUAUGAAUUGGAAAAAAGAAAUAAAAGUAUUCCUAUUUACAAAUGAAUUAUCUACAUAGAAAAUUCUAAAUAAUCUACUUUUUAAACAAUUUAUUAAAGCACCUGAAACUAGUGAGUGAAGUAAGACCUCAGGAUACAAGAUCAGUGCAUGAAUAUAUGGAAAAAAAACUAUAAACACAAUACCACUUACCACCACUCCAAAGAAAAUUAAAUACUUGGGGUAUAAAUUUAACAAAACAUGUACAGAAUUUGAAUGCUGAAUACAUUUUAUAUGCUAAUGAAAGAAAUCAAUCAUUUAAAUAAAUGAAGAGAUAUACCAUAUUCAUGGAUUUAAAGACACAAAGUAGUAAAGAUGUCAACUCUCCCAAACUGAUCUCUUGGUUUAAUAUAAUU